GGUGAGGGGCAUUGUGCCGACGGGUAAAAAGAAAUGGAGUCGGGUAGACGCGGUUGUUGCUUCCAGGCCGGGUGAAUUGCCGCAGUGGCAUAGUGUGGCACAGCAAUUUUUUCCAUUCAUUUUCCCGAAGAAAAAACGCGCACCCAAAAGUGACCGAUUCCAGUGUGCAUCCUCGGCGCCAUCCUUCGCUUUUUUGUGGUUGCCGGCGGAAAAAGAGACUUCUCAGCCGCUGCAUUGCAUCCACUAGCGUGUGUGUGUGUGUGUGAGAGCAGGAACGUGUGUGCGAAAAGGAAGGCGAAAUCGUAAAGCAACAUCGCUGGUGCCGUCGUCCUGUGCGCCGCGUGCAGCGCACAAAGCACCAAAAGUGCAUAAUUUCACCGGCCAAUUGAAGCGACUCGACUGAUGGGUGAAAAAAUGGGAGCUGACAGUGUCCGCCUCGUGUAAAACAAUAAAUUGUGAUCGAUUUUAGGCGGCGGACGCGACAGGAACGGAAAGUGAAAGCAACUGGCAUCCAUGCAGUGACCAGAUGAAAAUUGAACAGUUUUCCGGUAGGAUCUUCUCGUAAGGACAAUAAAUGGAAUUGAAUGCUUACGGUAGCUGUCGGAGGGUACGGAGUGGAGUUUUUCGGAAAGCGAUUUGGUGAAACAGUGGGUACCGCGACUACUGAAGCAGAUUGUAAGCUACAAUCCGCUGCAUCGUGUGAUCAGCAGUGAUCAGGUGGUCCGUAAACUACGGUUUUACCUUACAACCCCCGGAAUCGGAACCACCGGCCCCCAAUUUGAUUGGAAGCAGGGUAGAUUAAAGCAACAUUACCCACCAGGAGACAGGUAGUUGGGGCCAAAGUCAAUUGAGCGGACCAACCGAGGAGAUGGUCCGUCACUUUAUGGCAGUGUGUGUCGUGUGUCUGCUGUGCGCAGAUCAUGUGCCCUGCAAGCAACACUUUUCCGACACCGAUGAUGGCAAACCGUCCGAAACCGCCGCUGGCCGGUCGGUUACGAUACGCGAUUUGCGACCGCUGAUCGGAUACGAUCUGACGGAUAUUGCCAACACGUACGAAGUGGUGCCGGCUGGCGACGAUUGGUGGAAUGGGCGAUUAGACCAUCGGAUAGUGAAGCGACACCAUCACCCGCAUAACCACCACCACCACGAUGAUCACGAUGAUGAGGAGGAGCAGAGCACGGACGAUACACCGACCGAGUUUGACCGUUUGAUGAAGGACAAGAUGGAUCAGGCGAUGAGGAAAAUUUUCACCGAGUUCGGCAAUCCGGCCUCGAUGACGAUGGAUGUGCACGGGUUCGAGCGGAUGAUGCGUCAAUUGGGCUUGGUUCGAUUAGUGUCGGGCGCAGCGACAGGUGACAGUGAACCACGAGUCCUGGAUGGAAGUGGUAGUGGUGGUGGUGGUGGUGGUGGGUCGGAAGCGAGCGAGUCGCCGGUGCUGGUGGAUUCACUGAAGUGUAUUAGCGGUAAUGAAUUUCUACGGCGCGUUACACCACCGAUGAUACGGUCCCAGGAGUGGGAAGAUGCAGCUAACAGUGAUAAAAGCAGUAGUACCGCCGUCGAGGUGGAAAAAGAAGGCAGCUACAGAGCAACGGUGAACGGCGACGGUACUUCCGUCGAUGGGCGUACCGUGAAGCAGGAGGAGGAGCAAGCAGCGAAGCUGAUUUUAUCAAUCGAUAAUACACAAAACGUUGGCUUAAGCAACAGCACCACUAAUAGUAGUAAUAGCAGUAGUACCAGUAGUAGCACUAAUAAUACAAACAGUAACGGCAGUAUCAGUGCUGACGAUCAGCUGCUCGUUCAAAUUGCGAUCCCGGAGGGGAAGAUCAAUGGUAGCGCGGGCAACGAAAGCACCACCACCACCACGGCAAGCUCCGUACGGGUAGAGUCAACGCUUGUGUUGGCUGAUCGCGAUCUGUACAACGUGUGUCCCAUGCUGCUGGGCCAUCUACUGUCGAGCGUACCGCAGGAACGGGCCGGUUGCUUCGGUGAGGAUAGCAUUCCACCGCUCCAGGUGAGCAGUUUGCUAGAGCAGAACGAUCCUCGCCACCAUCAUCAUCACCAUCAUCACCAUCACGACGGUGGUUCAUCGGAGGCGGCCGUCUGGAUCUAUUCGUCCAUCGCGAUACUGGGCGUCAGCUUGUGCGGGUUGCUCGGCGUUGUGGUGAUACCGUGCAUGGAAAAACACUUCUACCAUCACGUGAUACAGUUCCUGGUUGCGCUGGCGAUCGGGACGCUGUGCGGUGAUGCGCUGCUGCAUCUGCUUCCGCACGCGAUGCUGUCCUCGCUGUCGAACUCGAAUGCGGUGCACGACUCGAUGAUGUAUAAGGGCCUGGCGGCGGUGCUCGGCAUCGUGUUCUUCUACUUCAUGGAACGCUUCCUGACGGUGAUCGCGGAAUGGUGCAAAACGCGCCAGAAGAAGGAUAAGCCACCGUCGCGGGUGCGCGUGAUGCGUGAUCCGGAAUCGGCCUCGCUGCACGCGUCCAGCGCAGGGGAGAAACAGUGCAAACACAAGUACAGCUCCUACCCGUACUGUUACGACGAGAUCGCGAUGGACACGAAGGACGAUCAUCACGAGCACAACAACACGGGCACGACGAACGAAAACCACAACAGUGCGCUGGCCAAGUGCGCCAACCACCAUCACAAUGGGGAGCUGUCCGCGGACCAUAAUGCGGAGUACGCCGCGCUGAACAAUCGCCAGCAGCAACCGAACCACACGCACAGCCACCAUCAGUCGCGGGAGGAAACGAACGAUAAUAACACGGUGUCCACCAACCUGGACGAAGCGGGAUCGAUCGAGAGCGAGCAGGCAAACAAUCAUCACAACAGCGGUGGCCGGCACGGCAGCAAGUCGUCGGAACAAACGGCCAGCGGGAAGCUGCGCCCGGAGAACUAUACCAUCAUCUUGCGCGAGCACGAAACCAAACACCAUGGGCAUUCGCACACGCACGGACACGUUCAUUCGCCGCCCGGUUCGCUGUCUGCGGUCGCCUGGAUGGUGGUGAUGGGUGACGGAUUGCACAACUUUACCGACGGCAUGACGAUCGGGGCCGCGUUUGCGAACAACAUUGCCGGCGGCUUCUCGACCGCCAUCGCCGUGUUCUGCCACGAGUUGCCGCACGAGCUGGGCGACUUUGCGGUGCUGCUGAAGGCGGGCAUGUCGGCCAGGGAGGCGGUUUACUAUAAUCUGCUGUCCUCGGUGCUCAGCCUGCUCGGCAUGGUGCUCGGCAUCGUUGUGGGCCACCAGCCGGAAGCAUCUGGCUGGGUGUUUGCCGUUGCGGCUGGCAUGUUCCUUUACAUCGCGCUGGUCGAUAUGAUACCCGAGCUGACCUCGUCCCACGGUGCGGAAGAACGGUGCAAAACAUCGGAAUUUGUGCUGCAGUUCCUUGGGCUGACGCUUGGGUUCAGCAUUAUGAUGGUAAUAGCGAUGUACGAGCACGAUCUGAUGCUGCUGUUUGUCGAUUAAGUUGCAGUCGCGCGUGUGUGUAUAGCAGUGAGUCAAACGAUGAACUCAACGCAACUCCUCUCCCUGCCUAGCUAGCUAGCUAGCCGGGUGGUUUACGAUCAGUUCCUCGACGCAUAGCGUCGUCUUCGGGGGGAACGCUCGUCGGAGCGUCCCGUCUUGCAAGUAUACAUCAAGCGGCAGGCUUAACUCUCUUCAAGCUCGCCAGUUUCUAUCCUUUACCCUCACCUAGACGCGUCCUCGCGCGCCCAACAUACCCCUCCUUCGCCCCGCUCCCCCUCUCUCUGUGUACAGUUAAUCUAUUGGGAACGAUGAAAAGCAGUUUCUAGUAGAUACGGUAGAACAAGUUAGAAAAGAAAGAAACCGAACCUAAAGAAGGAAAUGCAAAACUGGCAAACAAUAUACAGUAAAUAGUAAACGCGCAAGGAAGAUGGAAAGCUUCUUCCUUGCGCGGUAAGAAUAAUGUGAUCGUUGCGCGAAAAGAAGAAAAUCAGUAGUAGCAUUGGGGAAUAUGCAUCUCCUUGUACGCUAAUAAUCUGUAGAAUGAAGCAAAAAAAGAAAACAUGGAACUGAAUCCUUUAACAAAAGCACACACACACACACACAAACUUACAGAAUCCGCGGGGUCUAUAUUCUAAACGUAACAGUCAGUCAGUAACAUGAGGAACGAUCCUUGUACAUCAGUAGGUCGCGAUUCUCGGUGUAUGGCGUGUAGAUAGAGUCCGGUGUGAAUGAGCAAAGGAAGCGUUGUAAAUGUAUCCCUCCUGUGCUCGCUCGGCCAACUUGAUCGUGUAAUUGUUUGGGUAGGGUUUUUUCCAUAUUUAUCCCCCCCCACCCCUUUUUCAAUAGACACAUACAUAUGUAGGCGAGUGGUUGGGUUUUCUAAACUGAACAAACAAUACCGAAUGCUUCUCCAAGCUCAGAUAAAUAACACGAAAAGUAUUACAAAAAAACUUAUUGCAUGUUACACACACACACAAAAAAGAACACACACCACAUAUUAAAUGUAUGUAAACAAAAAUAUAGAAUGAUCACGAGAGAGCGUACAACAGUACUAGUAGCAACGGUGGGAAUAUUCCACCAAACAACAACAAAACAACACCGUAAGCAUCCCUAUUGGGAUUUGGAAUAUUUUUUUCUGUUUUGAGUAAUUUUUACUUUUUUAAGUUCCGUUUUGCGCCUCGUCCCUAUCUGCCAGUAAUAUUUAAGGUUUUUCGCGUACCUUUUACUGCAAUAUCUUUGCUGCGCUUAGUAGUAUGUGUGUGAAUGGACUGCUGAUCGAUGGCAUUUUAAAAUUCAGUUGUUGCUAGUGUACCUUCUCCCGUUCAACAAAAAAAAACCUUAAAUUUUUCCAUCUUUUUCCGUCUAGAAAACGGUACUUAAAGGGUACUUCAAUAUAUGUACUUCUUCUUUGUUUUAAUCAGGCAAGAUAUCUUAUAGUUGAAGUAACCAAUUAUUUGGCCAAAUGGACCAGAAGUCGGGAAAAAAUGAUAUACAUAUAUCAGCUCCACUACAACAAACAGCUCUGUCUUAAUGAAGGCCGUUUCUCCUUAUCUGUACAUACAAUCCGGUCCAAAUAUGCAACUUUUUUUUUUUAAAGUUGGCAAUUUCACGUAACACGUGCUAGAAUAAACCCAUCGUCGAGAUGCGUUUGGCGCUUUUUACUUACCUACCACGUCUGUUCAAUUCGAACGAGCAGCAGCAUACACACAUUCAAACAAAGAAGCUGCACACAUAUGUGUCCCACUAUUGUCAGUAAGUAGCAGCGGGAAUCACAGCAUCAGCAAAUCAAUUAUACUGCUACACUAUUUCAACACACACACACACAUAGUCUUAAGUAGAAUAACCAAUUUUGGUAGUCUUUUGCGGUCGAUGUUUACGUUGUAUGUUUCGUUUUUCAUUAGGUUUUCUUAUGCGAUUUGUUUUCCCCAUUUUUAAAACGCUUUCGAAAACAGUGUAGCGGGCAAUAAAUAACAAAACUGAAAACGGAGUAACUAAA